AUGGAUCAAUCAAUAUCAUCGAUUGGGAAAAAUCAUGUUGAGAAACCUGAGAAAUUCAAGGGUUCUGAUUUCAAACGCUGGCAACAUAAGAUGUUGUUUUAUUUGACAACUUUGAAUGUGGCAAACGUCCUCACUACUGAGACCCCUACUGUUCUGGUUGGAGAAGGAGAUAAUGCUCCAACAGCAGCACAACAGGCUGAGAACAAGAAGGCUAUAGAUUCUUGGGAGACUAAUGAGUUUCUGUGCAUGAACUAUAUUCUCAAUGCCUUGGACGAUUCCUUGUAUGAUAUCUACUCCACAUUCAAAACUGCAAGGGAGUUGUGGCAAUCAUUGGAGAGCAAGUACAAGACUGAGGUUGCUUGUUCAAAGAAGUUUGUCAUUGGCAAGUUUCUGAAUUUCAAAAUGAGUGAUGCCAAAUCUGUUGUCAAGCAAGUGGAAGAACUUCAAGUCAUUGUUCAUGAGUUAGAUGUGGAAGGUAUGGGUCUUAACCCGAAUUUCCUUGUUGGUUCUAUUAUUGAAAAAUUACCUCCUACAUGGAAAGAUUUCAAGAUAUAUCUGAAACAUCUAACUGAGGAUAUGAAUUUUGAGCAAUUGGAUCUUAAACUUCGAGUUGAAGAGGAUAACCGGAAAAAUGAGAAGGCUGAUGCUAUUUCCUUGGAGCCAACUGCUAAUAUGGUUGGAGGGAGUCCAUCAAAGGCCAAGUGCUAUAUAUACUUUGUUUGUAAUCGUGAUUUUGGUUGGUCAUAA